ACAUACAUGCUUGUUUGGAGCAAACGUGCAAGAACGACCAUUUUACAAAAUCAGUAUUAUUCGUUAUCGUUUAGUGUAAUAUGGAUAAUGAUAGCAUAAAUAGUAUCAUCGACAGUAUUGAACAUGAUUAUAAGGUAAAGAAAACGAAAGAAUCAAUGUUGUUAUUGAAACAGAAAAUGUGCAAGACGGAUGUUUUAAUUAAGCAGUAUACUGAAAAUAUGAGAGAAGUUGAAAAUUUAAAGUCAGAUUUAAAAAUUGCAAAAAGAGAUGCCAAAUGCUUGAUAUCUGAUUAUUCGACUGCCAAGGAUGAGAUAAGGGAGUUAAAAAAUAAAAUGGUAGAAUCUGAGCAAAGUAAUGAAAAAUUAAUGAAGAAGAUAAGUGAAUAUGAUAUAAAAAUAGCUGCAGAUAAACAGAGUAUACAACAAUUAACAUGUAAAAUAAAAGAGUUGGAAGAAGAACAGUCGGGUAAAGUUAUGGAACAUAACUUGGAAAAAUCAUUUUUUGAAGACAAAAUUAAAGAAUUGGAACAUGAAUUAAAAACGUUAAAGAAGGACGAUAUACAAACUGUAACAAAAAAAGGGAGUAAAAAGAAGGAGAAAAAGAUCAUUUCUAUAGAUUUUGAUACAGUUACACCAAAUAUAAGUACAAAAUCUACUUCAGAUAUUGGUAUUAAUGUUUCAUUGUGUGAUAUUGAAUCAAAUGUGAAAUCCAAAGUACAAGACAAAUGUAUUAUGACUGACGAAUUUUACCACACGAAAAAUGAUCCACAUCCAUUGUUUUGUGCAAAAUGUGAAACUCAUUUGCCCCCAGAAUUGACUCCUGAAAAAAUAUAUAAAGCUAUGAUCACAUAUCCAAAGUUAAUUGAGAAAGAUUUGCCUCCUUCACCGAAAAAGAUUUAUUCACCACCUUGUUCAUUACCUAGUACCUAUCCGGAUUUUACAAAUAGAAAUGAAGACUCUCUCCCUAAAAUAUCACCUAUACCUCAUCUACGUUCUUAUAGCCCGUGUAGUGAUUCAAUAUCAGGCAAUCUAAAAUCACAAUCGGAACGGUCAUCCGCAAUAACGCAAAUCUGCGAAAAUAUUGAAUUAAGAAAUACGGAUACUUCACAUAUGCCACUUGUAGCCAAUUUGCCCAAUAACUUCAAUUCAAUUCCUUUGUCUCAAAAUAGGAACUGUGCAAGGGAGCAUUUUCACUCUGAUAAUUUACUAAUUAAACACUCUAUGUCUAUUAAAAAAAUGAAAAGAAAAAUUCGAUCAUUAAAAAGUAAAAUGAAAACAUUUCAAAGACUGACGGAAAAAGUAGAUACUAAUUCUCGUUGUUGUGUUACGAAUCAUAAGGAUGAUAUUUCGUUAAAUUCGAAUCUAAUUUCUUUAAUCUGUAAAGGUAUGGCAAAAUAUUUUAAUGAGGAAAAUGGAGUAUGUUCUAAACAUGAGCGAGAUAAUGAUUCGGAAAAAUGUACUUGUUGCAUACAAAAGAUACAGCUAGAAAGGAGACAGCAAUCGAACAAAUGUAAUGCUUACGAAAGCAUGUAUUCGAAAAAUGAAGAUUUAGAUGAAAAAGAUCAAGUACGAAAUGUAUGUUGUGAUAAAACCGAAAAUGCUAUGAAGACUACUGAUAUUUUACAAUUUAAUCAUAUAUCUAAGAAUAUACUGUCGAGUGUACAUAAAAAUAAUUUAUAUUCCAAUAUAAAUAUAUCCAGCACAUCUCUCAAUGAUAUUGAUGAAACCGACAAAGAAGAGUUUCUUCAUAAGCAAAAUACAUUGCAUUCAGCAGAAGUGGCACCUGUUGAACAUAGUUUAACAAUGUCACGUUUAGAUGUCGACAAGUUAAGCAAUGGUAUCUUGAACAAAGAUGUAGAUACUAACUAUGUGGGUAAUGAAACUGAGACUGGAGUAAUGUCCUUAUCUAACAAUAAAAAAAUUUUAGAUCAUACUGAUGGCAAAAUUGUCGACAUUAAUGCACAGAAAAAUAAAAUAAAAAGAAAAGCUCAAAUUAUACAUAAAGAUAAGUCUAGCGAAAUAUAUGUAAAUGAUAAUGUUGGCGAUCGUUUAUUAAAGAAUCUCCGGAAUUUAAAGAGAAAGAAACAACCAAUUUCACGCAUAAAUAAGCAAGAUAAUAUUGAACCAUAUUCAAAUCGUAAUUCUGAUUGUAUUGAAUUAGCAAAAAAACCGCGAAUUGAAAACGAAGAAGAGAUUAAUAAUAGUUCACACACAUUAAACUAUAUUAAAAAUUUUAAAAGAAAUUUAGAUACACAAAUAGAGUCUAUAAAUAAACAAAUAGACGAUAAAUUAUGCUCUAAUCAUUAUGAACCGACGAAAAAAUUACGAAUCGCACAUACUCCAAAAACACCAGUUCAUCAAUUGAGCAUUAAUAGAGAUGAUUCUACACAUUGUAUGAAUCCUACAACGAAUAAGAAAUGUGAUGAGAAAAACAUAGUCAAAUCUAUCGAAACAAAUAGUAUUGACAAAAGACCUGUAAACGAAAAAGAUUUAGAUUUAACGAAUGCUGAAAAUUCUCUUCAAAAUAAUGAUAUCACUCCAUCUGCUAUUAAUAUUCAAUAUGUUUCUAAACUUGCGAAAUGUGAUGACGUCUCGAUUGAAAAUACAAUCAACAACAGUAUCCGAAUGAAUAGAGUAAUAGGAGAGACUUUGAACAAUAGUGACGAGUCAAAUGUACAUAAUGACAUUGUAAACGAUACAGCGAAUAAUUUAGAACUUGAGAAACCAAUUUUAUUGAGAACACGUAUUAUUACCCGCUCUGUAUAUAAAGAUUUGAAACAUGACAAAGUUAAUGAAGCAUUGGAUAGAAAAGAGAUGUCUCCAACCGCUGAAUUGGAAUAUGCUUCUGAGGUAUUUGGAGAUAAGAAUCACAACGAUCACAGUAUACCAAAGAAUGCGAUUUCGAAUGAUAAAUCGUCGGUUCUAUCUGAUCAAUCAAAUGUGUUGGAAGCAACGCGAAGUGAAAAUCACAAUAAUAGCGAUAUAUCUGGCGGAACUAUUGCAGUUUCACAUUCAUCGUCACAAUAUUGUAACAGUAAUGUACCUAACGAAACUAUAUGUUUACCUGAAGGUAUAAGUUCAUCUAAAGAUAUAGGUUCAUCUGAAGGUAUAGGUUCACCUGAAGGUAUAGGUUCACCUGAAGGUAUAGGUUCACCUGAAGGUAUAGGUUCACCUGAAGGUAUAGGUUCACCUGAAGGUAUAGGUUCACCUGAAGGUAUAGGUUCACAUGAAAUCAUAGGUUCGCCUGAAGGUAUACGUUCACCAUCACCGGAAGAUAGUGGUGUCAUUUUUGAAAAUUGUAUAAAUGACAAUAACAUGAAAGAGUCUGUUAAUGAAAUGAAAAAUGCAAGAAACAUACAAGAAGAAACGUAUGUUAAUAAUAAAGUAAUUAAGAUGCAAGCCAUUGAAACUCAAAAUAGAAAUCUAGUCAUGAGUCAACGAGAUAAAAGAAUGGAACUUAUCUUUGUUCCUCAUAAUUUCGAGGAAUCUCAGGCACCAAUGUCACAAUUAUAUAAAUAUAUUUACAAAAAGAAAUGUACCAAAAAUAAAUUAUCACGUAAAGAAAUAGAAUACGCUUGUAAAAUAACAGACAAAUUUGUAAAGAAGCAACUGCAACGACUUAUGAACAGUGAUUGGAAAGAUUCUACAUAUGAGUUUAUACAUGACGAUAUAAAAGCAAAAUUGGAAAAUACUUGUGGACCUCGUAUCAUAGCCAAAUGCAUAGUGGAGUUUAUAAUAGAGGAAGUUGAUCAUACAGAAGCUUUAGAUAAAUCAUUUACUCCUCCAGCACCACUGAUGACGAAAUUUGAACAGAAGAUAAUAACGUUAUUAUUCGAUUUGGAAGUAUCGAAGCCAAUGGUGAUUUAUUUCGUACAAGCAGCCAUCGAAUUUCAUAUGUUUAGACUUAAUAGUGAUGUGAAGGAUCCAAUUGAUUCGCUCACACGGAUAUAUGUUGUCCUGUCACGUAUUCAGAAGGACAGAGAAAAAAUACGCAUGAUGUGUUGCAGUGCUCUCUAUUGCAUGAAUCUUAAAUCAAUAGCCGUUUUAAAUACAACAUUAAUGUGCUGGUCUGAAGUUCUUCCGAAUGCCGAGACUAACAAAGAAAUAUUAUCAAAAUGCAUAGCCUUUCUUAUCAGCUCAUUACAAAUUGGCACUGAUAAGGAGAGAAUAUUAAAGAAAUUAAUUCAUUUAAAAUCAUUGGUAUCGAGAUGUCAUAAUUAUACUAAAGAAACAAUAAAUGAUCUUGUUAAAGAACUUAUGACUGCUCUUAAAGCUAAACGGAUUGACGGUUUGAAUACAGCCAUUAUACUUAUUGCAAAACGAGAAAAGGCACAAUGGACAUAUAAAAAUAUUAUUGAAUCUGUUUUACUACCAAUGAUUAUAAACAACCAGCAUCCCUGCAUAUAUAGUGCAUUUUCUUUACUCGGAAGGCUUUUGCGCGCAUUCCCAUUACAAGAUAAAGACGUGCAUGAAAUUUCUCAACAGCUCUGUGUCCUCAUCGAAUCUGGCCAAGGUUCACACGAUCAACAAGAAGGCAUAAUAUCUGCGUUGCUCAGCCUUUCCAGACACAAAUUCGACGAUAUAUCGUGGCCUAUAAUAAAAUGGAUGCCGAGUAAAUCUUUAAGACCGAUUGUUGACACACAAUUGCAGACGUUCCUACAUACACGUACUUCAAAUUUUUGGAAAGAAUAUUUGAAAUUCACGAAUUUUGAAUAA